GAGCAAAAAAAAAAUUGAAAUAAUAAAAACAAAAAUCUAGAGACGAAAGUCGAGGCUAAUCAACUACCAAAAAAAGAAAACCGCUGAGAUAAGCAACAUUUCUUCUUCCUUUUCAUUGCCGGCCAUCAUUCUUCAUGUGUAUUAGAUGUACACACACACACACACACACACAAACACAUAUAUGUGAGAGUGUCUUAGUGUAACAUGUCUAAGUAUUUGAGUGUGUGGGCAUGUUUGUGAGUGUGUGAGUGGGCGACAUAUAAAAAAGGAUAAAAUAUAUCAGCAUUGAUUUUUCUCUCGCUGAUGUGACAACAACACCAACAACAACAACAAGGAGCAUAGCAGAGGCAGCAGGCAGAACAACGGAACAACAGGACAUCGGCACAAGAACAACAAAAAUAUCGACAACAGGAAAAGUUGAGCCAUCAGUUCACUUAAAAAAAAAUAAAGAAGAAAGAAACACGCAAAACAAACUUUUUCUUUACUCAUUUUUUUGUGUGUUGUUGCUUAUCCUGGCUGACAUUUAUUUCGGCUCACUGUGGGCAAUGGCAUUUGCGGCUGAUUAAAAUGAUAAAAGAUUUUUCCACGUAAUGGAUAUACCAAAUGGUGGCUUCAGCAGACUGAUGUUUGAAUAUCACAACAAAAUGUCCAUCAGAAACAGCGACAUUAUUAUCAGCAUCGUUCGAGGCAUCAAAUGCAUUAUGUUAUAAUUUCAUUAAGGACAUAAGCCUUUUUUCUUUGCCAAGUCUCGCAGAGAGGAGUAAGCCGCAAAAGGCGACAUUAACAAAAGCAUUGCCUACUUCUAGGCACUGUCAAGCAGCCGCAGCAAAAGCAAAAAAAAAAAAACGAAAAGAAUCAAGCUCUUGGCAUUUUUAUGAAAUUAAUACAAAAGAACAAGAAGUGGGAGAUGUGGCGCAGCCAUGACAAAAACAACAACAACAACAACAGCAGCAACAAUAGCACAAUGAUGAUGAGUAACAGCAGCAGCAGCAGGACUUUGAUAAUAAUGGCUGGCCCACAACGGGCGAAGCAUUUUUAUGGCCUGACACUUGACUAAAGGGAACGUGACAAGCAAGAAGAGUAACUCUCCUCUCGUCUGUGGCCGAUCAACGUAAAAAUAAUAAUAAUAAGUAGCAGCGGAAGAACCCAAAACGAAGGAAAGGAAGUUGUUGUUGAAAAAAGGAAAAAAAUUCUAUAAUUUUGACAUGCAAACGUGACCGAAGGCACCAGAAGAAGAGGGUCUAGGUUAUCUCACAAAACAAAACAACAAAAAAACAAAAAAAAAGGAACGAUUCAUUUAAAAGGAAAAAGAAUAUUCUUAACCAUGGUCGGCUUAAAACAACUUGUUGUAGUGCUUUUACCUUUGGUAUAUUUGCUCUGCCCUUGCCUGGCGUGCCCCCCAGAGGUGUGCGUUUGUAAGUGGAAGGGCGGCAAGCAGACAGUCGAGUGCGGUGGCCAGCAAUUAUCGACCAUACCAGAGGGCAUGGAUCCUGGCACACAAGUUCUGAACUUUAGUGGCAAUUCCUUGCAGGUUCUGCAAUCGGAGAGAUUUCUACGCAUGGACUUACUCAAUCUGCAAAAGAUCCAUUUGUCGCGCAAUCAAUUGAUACGCAUCCACGAGAAGGCUUUUCGAGGUCUUACAAAUCUUGUGGAACUUGAUCUCAGUGAAAAUGCUCUGCAGCAUGUGCCGAGCGAAACAUUUCAGGACUACAGUUCCCUGAUGCGUCUCUCGUUGAGUGGGAAUCCCAUCAGAGAGCUCAAAACCUCAGCCUUUCGCCACUUGUCAUUUCUGACUACCCUGGAGUUGUCCAAUUGCCAGGUGGAGCGCAUCGAGAACGAGGCAUUUGUGGGCAUGGAUAAUUUAGAGUGGUUGCGUUUGGAUGGCAAUCGCAUUAGCUUUAUUCAGGGAAAUCAUAUAUUGCCCAAGUCUCUGCAUGGCAUUAGCCUGCACAGCAAUCGCUGGAAUUGUGAUUGCCGAUUGCUGGACGUCCAUUCAUGGCUAACCAAUUAUAAUAUUCCAUUGGCCGAGGAGCCCAAGUGCAUGGAGCCGGCGAGACUGAAGGGCCAAGUGAUCAAGCAAUUGCAGCGGCCCCAAUUGGCCUGUCUGCCGGAGGUGAGUCCUCAGUCUAGCUACACUGAGGUGAGUGAGGGCAGAAAUAUGUCCAUCACAUGCUUGGUUAGGGCCAUACCAGAACCAAAGGUCCUGUGGCUCUUCAAUGGUCAGGUGAUGAGCAAUGACAGUUUGAUGGAUAACCUGCACAUGUACUACUACAUUGACGAGAGCAUUGGAGGCAGUGGAGCGGAGGAGAAGCGCAGUGAGAUCUUCAUCUAUAAUGUGGGAGCCGAAGAUAAUGGCACCUUCUCGUGUGUGGGUCAAAACAUAGCUGGAACCACAUUUAGCAACUACACAUUAAGGGUGAUCAUCAAGGAGCCUCCAGUGGUCAAUGAGGUGUCCUUUCCCAGGGACUACAUGAAUUAUAUUGUGGCCAGCAGUGCGGGUGGCGGCAUCAUCUUUGUGGUCCUCCUCUGCACAAUUGUGGUCAAGUGUAAGCGCACCUCAGAGCCGGCCAAGCAGGGCAAGAAAUGUGAUCAGGUCACAAGCAUAGCUGGAGGUGGAUCAGAUUCCAAUACAACUAGUUCACAAGACACCGGCCUGGGUAUGAUGAAAUGCGCUUCGAUAUUGAAUGACAACUCCGAGAGUCUCAAUGGCAAUGCGGGUCUUCUACUGGCUGACACUUUGACUCCAACCAAGGUCACAAAUGGCGGUGCAGGUGGUGGCAUUAUACUCGGUGGACAGAUGAAGCAGAAUCUUCUGCUCUAUGCCACACCCAAUCCUGCUUCCAAUCAACCACAGCAACUACAAUUGAAUGUAAAUCUCAUGGGCAAUGGAGGAGCUGGUUCCCCACCUUUACUCAUUGGCAACGCAUCGGCAUAUUGCUCGCCGCCGGCCUCAUUGCGAAAUUACCAAGAGAAGAAUCCAGAUCUGGUCAAUGAUGCGGAAAGUGUCAAGCAUAAACUAAAGACUGCCGUCUCCUUAGAUGCAGCAGAUGUCUAUGAGACCUCAAGUGAUUGCGGCCAAUACGAAGGCUGCUAUCAAUUGCAUCCAGCUCAGCCGCAUCAUCCUCUCAUGGGACGUUUUACCCAGGCCAUGACCACCUUGCCUAGGGGUAUGCAGCUGAAAUCGAUAGCUGCAGCCUCUGGUGCUGCCUCCCCUCAUCAGGUGGAUGUUCAUUUGAAUCCUGUAUGUUUCCUGGGUCAAGAUGGCUUCGCAUAUGACUAUAGCAGUGCCCAUUUGAUACAGCAGACACCACAGCAGCAGCAGCAGCAGCAGCAACAACAACAACAGCAACAGCAGCACCAACAACAGUUGCAGCAACAACAGCUGCCACCAAAUACGAAUUUCUAUCGAACACUGCCCCACAAUCGUUUGCAGAAGCAUCAGCAAUUCCAAGGAGCCAUCCCGCCAAACUCCAGUCUACGUUAUAGUCUGGAGGCGGAGUUCAUCCAAAGGACCGCUCCUCCUGUAAGCUAUGAGAAAUAUCAGUUGCCCAAUGUCCGUUUCACUGCCGAGGGCUAUCCCCAACAACAGCAGCAGCAACUUCAAUUGCAACAGCAGUUCCCCUCUCCACCAGAAGGUUACAAAACUAGCGAUCUUCAAGCCUUGUCUGCUCCUUUCCAGCAGUGGCCUAGCUGUUUGCCGGGGUAUCAUGCUCAGCCCAUGCGCUUUGUUCAAUCACCCACCACCCAGGCAACGGCUAGCCAAUCACCCACCCAGCUGACAGCUCCACCUCCACCUCCAUCAACUGGCUCCAGCACCAUACCCGAACUGGAUGAAACAGAGGCGGCAGCAGCAGGCACUUCACCCAAGCCUAGAGCCGAUGAAGCGGAAGCAGCGGCAGCGACAGCGACAGCGACAACGGGAUCCACCACAUCUAAUACCACAGACGAGCAGCAUACAACUGCAAAUGGUGACUCCUCCAAACUGAAGCAACUGAAUGGCCCUUUGGCCGAUAGUCCUGAUGAGGGUUAUGUGGGAGAUGGUCAGGAGACUAGCGAUAUAUGACAAGGACCUAACAACAAUAGUCAGGACCAGGUUGAUGCUGCCUUAGAUGAUUCAGUGGCUCUGUAAAUUGGCUCAGCUGAUGACAUACUAGACUUAGAUUCAUUUAUUGUUUUGUAUGUAUAUGUGUUUGUGUGUGUGUAUGUGGUUAUGUUAAAGUGAGUAUUUCUUUGUUUCACUGCUCCAAUAAACAAGCAAACAAACAGACUAACAAAAGGUAGACCAAAGUGAAACCCAAUAAUUGGUGGAAGUGGAAGAUAACAAAAGAAAAAAGGGGCAACAAGAUGGAACACACAACUUUAUAAACAGGAAAUUUUCAUAUAUACGAAUUGAAAAUACUCUUGUUCAAUUCAGUAUCCUUUCUUCCUUUCCUAAUGGGAAAUCAUAGGCGGCGGUCUUCUUAAAUUGGUUACUAACUUAUUAGAGAGUUCAAAAGGUUUUGGUAAAAUUCGGAAAUUUGUUUUUCUUGGAACGCCUUCUACUUCAUAAAAAUGGCAAUCUGGUUUCUAGUUUCCCAGUAAACAUUUUAAAGCAAAAAUCUCAAGCUUCAUUGGAAAACAAUUGUACACUUUGUACGCUGUUUUUGUGGGAAAGAGUAGAAGAGUGGAAAACAAUAGUCGUAGCCGCCGUUGUUGUCGUCGUCGUCGUCGUCGUCAUCGGCCAGUCGUUGGGGGGCCUAACCUAAUAAAAGCCAAAAAACAAAGACGCGUCGCUAAACAAAAGGCUCUUUUCUCCUGUUUGUUGUUUCUGGUCUCUUCCCCACUGUGCGUCCUCCCAGCCCCCAACUCUUCUCCUGCCUUUCCCCUUUCAUUUUCUAGCAGUGUUUCACAUUUUUUUCCUUCUCGAGCCUCCUAGAAUGCGUGCCUCGAGUGGCAAGCUGGCAGCAUUUUAUUUCCGUUGAUGUAAUUGAAAAAGUUUUUCAUUUAAUAUAAACUUUUCAGCGUCUUUGCUUGGGCGCAGACCAUAAAAAAGGCAAGAAACAAAAAAGGAAACGAAAAAAAUGUUUUUUUUUUUCUAGAAGAAAGCUGUAAGGCAAAAAGGAAAUCUUGGGCCUAUUUGUACUUGUGUGUAUGCUGUGGGUGUGUGUGUGUGUGUGUCUGUGUGUG